CAGGAGCAGUGUGUGGUAGGCUACAGUUUAACAGCAGCAGCGCUGGCUUUCUAAAGAAAGCUUAGCUCUCACUUUUCUGUCUGUCUUAUUACCGCUCUCAUUGUCUCUUGCGACAGCGGGAACGGAGCAGCCACCUACUCUCCUCCUCAACCAUUUAUUCACUUGGGGCCUGUAUUUGGAAUAAGAAAGCAUUGCUGUUUCUGACUGGAGAGAAGGAAGAUAAAACUCAUCUGGAUUUCCUAAGGAAUUUUAUCUGGAUGCUUUGUUACCGAGGCUUUUGAAUUCAUCAGCCGGGGUAUAUAAUGUGACCAUCCGUUCCACAAUAGGGAAAUUCCCGAGGAGUUCUGAUUCUUUCAUUCCUUCCGGUCUGAGGCGGCAUUGCUAUCAACUGUUCCAAACAGGUGGGGUCAUUGGGGGUAUUGGUCAGACAGGUGUUGUUGGUGAGAGCGAAGCUUGGGCAUCAGGCAGAAUGUUGGCAUCUGCAUGAGUGGAACAGAGGAGCCUCAGUUCUGGUUCUCUUUCCUGAGACGACAACCACAGGAUGAGGCUUGAGAGGAGGUCUCAGGAGAGAGAAUGUUCCAUGACUUUCACACCUUCAACCUCAAGCUCUUGAAUCAUUGGGACAGUUGCUUGGGUGCUGAAAGGCUGUGAAUAUCCUGCAUCUGAGAAGUCAGACCAGACUGACUCACAGAGCUCUGUGAGCCAGCACCACUGAGGCUGCCAAAGCAUGCUGGUGCCAAGCUGUCCCAUGAUGCACAUAGCUAGACCCGCACUGCUCGUCCUGGGUCUGCUCCUCCUUCUCGCCGACGCCGAAACACCACCAAAGUUUUUGAGAACCCCCAAUGACCAAACGGGCGUGCAAGGAGGCGUGGCAUCAUUCAUCUGCCAAGCAACAGGAGACCCACGCCCCAAGAUAGUUUGGAACAAGAAGGGGAAGAAAGUCAGCAACCAGAGAUUUGAGGUGAUUGAUUUCGAUGACGGCUCUGGCUCAGUGUUGAGAAUUCAGCCCUUGCGUACGCCCCGAGACGAAGCCAUAUACGAGUGUGUUGCCUCCAACACUGUUGGAGAGCUGAGUGCUACUACGAGACUCACUGUUUUACGUGAGGACCAACUGCCCCCUGGUUUCCCCACCAUUGACAUGGGUCCCCAGUUGAAAGUGGUAGAGCGAACUCGUACGGCCACCAUGCUUUGUGCCGCCAGCGGCAACCCUGACCCAGACAUCUCCUGGUUCAAAGAUUUCCUACCUGUCAACACCACCAACAACAAUGGACGUAUCAAGCAGCUCAGAUCAGAAUCCUUUGGUGGUACACCAAUAAGAGGCGCCCUCCAGAUUGAGCAGAGCGAAGAGUCCGACCAGGGGAAGUAUGAGUGCGUCGCCACCAACAACGAUGGAACCCGUUAUUCUGCCCCUGCCAAUCUUUAUGUCAGAGAGCUGCGAGAAGUGCGCCGGGUGCCCCCGCGGUUCUCCAUCCCGCCUACGGACAAUGAGAUCAUGCCUGGAGGCAGCGUCAACAUCACCUGUGUGGCUGUGGGCUCCCCCAUGCCCUACGUCAAAUGGAUGCUGGGAGCCGAAGACCUGACGCCCGAGGACGACAUGCCCAUAGGGCGAAACGUUUUGGAGCUCACUGACGUCCGCCAGUCUAACAACUAUACCUGCGUAGCCAUGUCCACUCUCGGGGUUAUUGAGGCGGUGGCGCAGAUCACGGUGAAAGCACUGCCCAAGCCGCCCGGCAUUCCCUUGGUGACGGAGCGCACGGCCACCAGCAUCACGCUGACAUGGGACUCAGGCAACCCUGAGCCAGUCUCCUACUACAUCAUCCAGCACAAGUCCAAGAUCUCAGAGGACACAUACAAGGAGAUCGACGGCGUGGCCACCACUCGAUACAGCGUGGGCGGCCUCAGUCCCUACUCGGACUACGAGUUCCGAGUGGUGGCGGUGAACAACAUCGGGCGUGGGCCGCCCAGCGAUGGCAUCGAAGCCAAGACGGCCGAGCAGGCACCUAGCACGGCGCCCAGGCAGGUCAGGGGUCGUAUGCUCAGUGCCACCACAGCCAUCAUCCACUGGGACGAACCAGAGGAGGCCAAUGGGCAGAUUAUGGGCUACCGUGUGUACUACACCAUGGACUCUGCCCAGCACGUCAACUUGUGGGAGAAGCAGAUAGUGCGUGGAUCAAACUUCCUCACUAUUCAAGGCCUCAUCCCUAACAAGACCUAUUACAUUAAGGUCCUGGCCUACACGUCGGUGGGCGAUGGACCUCUGUCUGCAGAUCUCCAGAUCAUUGCCAAGACGGGGGUCCCCUCUCAACCGACCGACUUCAAAGGGGAAGCCAAAUCCGAAACAAGCAUACUACUAUCCUGGAUAGCCCCUGCACAGACCGGACAAGACAAUCAAAUCAUGGGAUAUGAACUUCUGUACAAGAAGGGGGACGACAAGGAGGAGAAACGAAUCAGCUUUGAACCAACCACCACAUACCUGCUGAAGGACUUGAAACCCUUCACUACUUAUACUUUCCAGCUAGCCGCGCGCAGUAAGCAUGGUAUCGGAGCCUACACCAACGAGAUCUCUGCAGAAACCCCUCAAACACAGCCCUCAGCCCCACCUCAGGAUGUGAAGUGCUCUAGCCCCAGCUCCACCAAUAUCCUGGUAAGUUGGCGGCCGCCCCCUACGGAGUUACAGAAUGGGAUCAUAACCAAGUAUGCCAUCCAAUACGCUGCCACUGAAGGGGAGGACACCACCAUCCGACAAAUAUCCGACAUCCCUCCCGAAAGCGCCCAGUACCUCUUGGAAAACAUGGAAAAAUGGACCGAAUACCGUGUGACAGUGACUGCUCACACAGAUGUCGGUGAAGGACCUGAAAGUUUACCACAACUUAUUCGCACCGAGGAGGAUGUUCCCAGCGGCCCACCUCGUAAAGUCGAGGUGGAGGCUGUCAACUCCACAUCAAUUAAAGUGAUCUGGCGCUCGCCGAUGCCCACCAAGCAGCACGGGCAGAUUCGAGGGUACCAGGUGCACUAUGUCAGGAUGGUUAAUGGGGAACCCAUGGGACAGCCAGGCAUCAAGGACAUCUUGAUCGAGGAUGCGCAGUGGGAAUAUGAUGACUCAACUGAACAUGAAAUGGUCAUCUCAGAGCUGCAGGCUGAGAGCACGUACUCGGUUGCCAUGGCAGCCUACACGACAAAGGGAGACGGCGCUCGCAGCAAGCCCAAGCUGAUCACCACCACUGGCGCAGUACCUGAAAAACCACGACUCAUGGUCAGCCCUACCAACAUGGGCACUGCCCUCCUCCAGUGGCACCCUCCGACGUUAACCCACGGCCCCCUGCAGGGCUACCGCCUUCGCUUUGGCCGCAAAGAUGUCGACCCCCUGACCAUCAUCGAGUUCCCUGAGCGCGAGAACCACUACACCACCAAAGAGAUCCACAAGGGGGCAUCAUACACAUUCCGCUUGUCUGCCCGCAACAAGGUGGGCUUUGGCGAGGAGACAGUAAAAGAGAUCAACACUCCUGAAGAUGUGCCUAGCGGCUUCCCACAAAGCAUUGCGGCCGAGGGCGGCACUACCACCACCAUUCAGGUGAAUUGGAAUCCCCUGUUACUGGCGGAGCGCAACGGCAUUAUCGUGAAGUACGCCCUGCAGUAUAAGGACAUCAAUAGCCCUCGGAGUCCCUCAGAACUCUUCAUCAUCGCCUCAGAGUCCACCGUCACCCUGGACGGCCUCAAGGCUGACACCACUUACGAUAUCAAAAUGUGUGCCUUCACCAGCAAGGGCUCCGGCCCCUAUAGUCCCAGUGUCCAGUUCAGGACACAGCCCUUGGAUCAAGCAGUGUUUGCAAAAAACUUUCAUGUGAAAGCUGCCAUGAAGACAUCUGUGCUCCUCACCUGGGAGAUCCCAGACAACUAUAACGCAGCUCAGCCCUUCACAAUCCUCUAUGACAAUGGCCAGAGCGUGGAGGUGGAUGGCAAGCUCACUCAGAAGCUUAUCACGGGUCUGCAGGCCGGGACGCAGUACUCCUUCCUGCUGACCAACCGGGGCAACAGCGCCGGCGGUCUCCAGCACCGUGUCUCCACCAUGACCGCCCCGGACAUCCUGCGCACCAAGCCCUACCUGAUUGGCAAGACCAACUUGGAUGGCAUGGUCUCUGUGGAGCUGCCCUCAGUCCAGACUUCAGAGAAAGUCAGGGGAUACUACAUAGUGGUGGUGCCUCUGAAGAAACAGCGCACAGGAAAAUAUCUCAAACCCUGGGACAGUCCAGAUGAAAUGAAUCUAGAAGAGCUGCUCAAAGAGAUUAACCGAACAAGCCGAGGCCUUCGCUUCCGGAGGCAAGCUGAGCCCAAAGCCUACAUCGCUGCCUACUUCAAAGACCUUCCUACCGAGUUCACUCUGGGAGACACCAAGAUCUAUGGGGACUUUGAAAACAAGCAGCUCGCCAACGGCCAAGAGUACAUCUUCUUUGUGCUUGCUGUCCUCGAGAUCUCUGAAAAUACCAUGUAUGCCACCAGCCCCUACUCCGACCCUGUCGUGUCAGCUGACCUUGACCCCCAGCCAAUCAUUGACGAGGAGGAGGGACUUAUCUGGGUGGUGGGCCCAGUGCUCGCUGUGGUCUUCAUCAUCUGCAUCGUCAUCGCCAUCCUCCUGUACAAGAGCAGCAAACCAGACAGGAAAAGGGCAGAAUCCGAAGCUAGAAAAGGAAGUCUGCCCAACAGUAAGGAGAUUCCGUCUCAUAACCCCACCGACCCUGUGGAGCUUCGACGCAUGAACUUCCAAACGCCUGGUUCAGGUGACCCCGGUUACCCCAGUAACCUCCAUUUGUCAAGCAUGGCCAGCCACCCACCGAUCCCCAUCCUGGACCUAGCUGAUCAUCUGGAGCGUUUGAAAGCGAACGACAACCUAAAGUUUUCGCAGGAAUACGAGUCCAUCGAUCCCGGGCAGCAGUUCACGUGGGAACACUCCAACCUGGAAGUCAACAAACCAAAGAACAGAUAUGCUAACGUGAUAGCAUACGAUCACUCCAGAGUCCUUCUAUCGGCUAUUGACGGUAUACCUGGAAGUGAUUACAUCAAUUCCAACUACAUCGACGGCUAUAGGAAGCAGAAUGCAUACAUCGCCACGCAGGGCUCGCUGCCAGAGACGUUUGGUGACUUCUGGAGGAUGAUCUGGGAACAGCGGAGUGCCAACAUCGUCAUGAUGACCAAGCUGGAGGAGAGGUCCAGGGUGAAAUGUGACCAGUACUGGCCCACUAGAGGGACGGAGACCUACGGCCUCAUCCAGGUGACGCUGUUGGACACGGUUGAGCUGGCCACAUACUGUGUCAGGACAUUUGCACUUUAUAAAAAUGGUUCCAGUGAGAAGAGAGAAGUGAGGCAGUUCCAGUUCACUGCCUGGCCUGACCAUGGUGUACCCGAGCACCCCACUCCAUUCUUGGCCUUCCUCAGACGGGUCAAAGCCUGUAACCCCCCAGAUGCAGGGCCUAUGGUGGUACACUGCAGUGCCGGGGUCGGGCGCACGGGCUGCUUCAUCGUAAUCGACGCCAUGAUGGAGCGCAUCAAGCAUGAGAAGACGGUGGACAUCUACGGCCACGUGACGCUGAUGCGCGCCCAGCGGAACUACAUGGUGCAGACGGAGGACCAGUAUGUGUUCAUCCACGACGCGCUCCAGGAGGCCGUCACCUGCGGCACCACCGAAGUGCCUGCCCGAAACCUCUACGCCUACAUCCAGAAGCUGACCGGGAUCGAGGGUGGAGAGAACGUCUCAGGCAUGGAGCUGGAGUUCAAGCGUUUAGCCAACACUAAAGCCCAUACGUCGCGAUUCAUCAGUGCCAAUCUCCCCUGCAACAAGUUCAAGAACCGCCUUGUGAACAUAAUGCCAUACGAGUCCACACGAGUGUGUCUUCAGCCAAUCCGAGGGGUGGAGGGCUCCGACUACAUCAAUGCCAGUUUCAUUGAUGGAUACAGGCAACAGAAAGCCUAUAUUGCCACACAAGGGCCUCUAGCAGAGACCACGGAGGACUUCUGGAGGAUGCUCUGGGAACACAACUCCACAAUCGUGGUCAUGCUAACGAAGCUCAGAGAAAUGGGCAGGGAAAAAUGCCACCAGUAUUGGCCAGCAGAGAGGUCGGCCAGAUACCAGUACUUUGUGGUGGACCCCAUGGCUGAGUACAACAUGCCCCAGUACAUCCUGAGAGAGUUCAAAGUGACUGACGCCAGGGACGGACAGUCUCGGACGGUCAGGCAGUUUCAGUUUACAGACUGGCCCGAGCAAGGAGUGCCAAAAUCGGGAGAGGGCUUCAUCGAUUUUAUUGGCCAAGUGCAUAAAACAAAAGAACAGUUUGGUCAAGAUGGGCCUAUCUCAGUCCAUUGUAGUGCGGGCGUGGGUAGGACCGGAGUCUUCAUCACCCUCAGCAUCGUAUUAGAGAGGAUGAGGUACGAGGGCGUGGUGGAUAUUUUCCAGACGGUGAAAAUGCUCCGGACACAGAGACCGGCCAUGGUGCAGACAGAGGAUCAAUACCAGUUCUGUUACAGAGCUGGCUUGGAAUACCUUGGGAGCUUUGACCACUAUGCUACGUAAGAGUCCCUGUCCCGGAGGAAAAGCAGAAGGCCCUUGGACAACCCCAGCGAGCCUCUCUUCUGAGCCAUAAUUUCCUGUUUGAGAAAGUACUUCUUAACUCCUAGCUAAUGACUCAAUUAAGUGUUGGAUGUGAGACACAAAAAUGUCAAAAAAUUUAUAAAGAUGAUUCCUGGAGGACCAAGUGUUUCCCAAAACCCAUGGAACUCACCCUGACGUGGGAAGGAGAGAGGGAAUCCUGACUGUUGAAGCAUCUUAUGGAAUAUUUUUUAUUCUUCUGUUGCUUCAAGGAUUCGUCUUGGGUUCAAAUAACUGAAAGAAACAUAAACAAAAAAAUAACAGAACGUACUAUUACAUCGACAAGUAAUGCAUCAUAUUACAAACCAUAGGAGAGGCAAAUGGAGGCACAGAGAAUGGCUUAAAACUCGAUGCACAUUGUAAAGAGACAUUUCUGUUCCACAAUCAAACUACGCAGAGACAACUACCCAUCAAAAAAGAAGACACCAGUGCUUGGUCCAAUAUGAAAAACAGGACACAGCUAAAGUAAUAAUUAAUAAUAUACCCAGUUUCCUGUCACAACGUUCAUCAUUUAAACAAUUGGGGGGGAAGAAGUGGGAAUGUUUAAAGAUAUAUGAAACAAAUAAAACCUAUUGAUUUCGUUUUUUACUAUACAGCUGAGAUGUGCUUAAUUUUGAACCAUGUGAAAUUUGAUUUCCUUUUUUUAACAAAACAAUCACUCGACAAAGUGAAUCAAACAAAGUACUUGCGUAAUCGUUCAUUUUUUUCCUUCCCGAGUUGUAUUUUUUAAAGCUGUAGAACUUUUCUAAUGUAUGCACCGUCAUGCAGAGAAAGUCUUCGCUCUUUUCGGUUUUCUUGCUAAUUUCUCUUUAUGAUUGUUUCUCGCACUUUGUGCAGUCCUGUAUUCACACUACCAAAUGUUGACUUUGUUACGGGGUUUUUAGUUUAGUUUUUUAGUUUUGUCUUAUUUGUCCAUGAUCACAUACACAAUAACCUACUUACACCCAUGUAAUAAACUGGGGCUUUGUGGAAUCAACAGGGAUGAGCAAAGUAUGAAGUUGCUGCUACCGAUUAUCUUAGUUCUUCCAUGUUAGAAUGAUGGUAAAAGAUGAGCACCUGAUGGAUAAAAUACAUGAAAUGAUAUAUACAUAUUUAUGUUAUAUAAGAUGACAGAUAUAUACAUUAUAUAUGAUUAAUACAUUUGCAUAACAUAUAACAUAUGUAUAUUGAAAUAAAGUACAUAAUUUAUGGCUAUAUAUGAAACGAAAGGAUUGUAUAUGAAAGCUUAUACAAUGAGAUUUCUAUACUUUGGGGGAAAUUAAGAUAUUUUUCACUGGAAUGCACAUCAGUAGGACAAAAACGCAUUCUGAUUCAGUGCAUAUUUUCUUGUGCAAUAAAUAGGUGUAUUAUAGAUAGGGUUCAUGUGGAUACUUUGUUAGACAUCAUGACAAUGUUGUUCCCGUGGUGAGGCUUGUUGGGAACGUCACGUAUCACCAGUGUAUAUAGAUACGCUCAUACAGUCUGUAGUUCCAUAGCAGAGCAGGGGGUCCCUUAGACUAAGUCAUUGCUCCAUACAAUAGGGCAAGGUACAUAGAUGUAACUUUCAUCUUGACGUUUUCAAACGCUCAAUGGCAUAACAUGUUUUCAUUUAGCAUUUAGAGUGCCUUAUAUUUAUACCUGUUUUUUAUAACGUUCAUUUAACACAUUAUUGUAUUCUUUGAGAAGUCCGUGCAUAUAGAACAUAUAACAAACUGUAUAUUACAUUUUUACCUUAAGUAUUCAUUUGUCACAUAAUAUGAAAUUAUAUAUGCAAAUACGUACAUGGCAAGGCCCUAUUUUCAUUUUCUGUUGCCUUAAUGUGGCUUAGUAAAAAGAAUAAAACAUCGAAGACUCCCAUGUCGUUCACUGAUACCUUCGCAGAAAGUCAAUGUGCAUUUGCAACAAACUAGGACUAUUCAGUUUAUUAAGACUAUUAAUGAGUCAAUGCCACAUGCCUGUUGUCAACAAAGACCAUGGGAAAGAUCGUGAGAAUAUUUGCAGAGUCAAUGAGCUUUCCUGACUGUUCAAAUAGGGCCGCAUGUUUGACACUCCUUGUAUAGACGAAGUGUAUAGACACUCAGCCAAAGGAUCCCUUCACUAUGCCUUAGGCUUGAAAGUAUUCAAAUGAUACGUUUAUUUGCAGUUAUAAACAGUUGCGGAAAGAUACAAACUGUUGGAACAGGUUAGUGUUACAACUCUGACAAUCCUUAAAUGUGUGUUACGUCUGCUAUCGUGGAGGACUUACUUCUACGGUUUUCGGGGUGGAGGACACAAAAUAUUUUGGACCCCUCUUUUAUUUGACCCUCUUUGAUGGCUCUGUGGAUGUGCAUUCCAGGUGCUUUCUUUCCCUUUUUAUUUCAUGUAGCUAAAUUGUUUCAUUUUUUGGAUCUGUUGCUUUAUAUAUAUACACAACCUUUCAAAAGUUUGGGGUCACUUUGAAAUGUCCUUGUUUUUGAAAGAAAAGCACAUUUUUUGUUUAUUAAAAUAACAUAAAAUUGACUGGCUCUAACCAACGUCAACAGUGAAGAGGCAUCCGGGAUGCCUUCUAGGCAGAGUUGCAAAGAUUUUUUUUUAUUUCAGACUGGCCAAUAAAAAGAAAAGAUUAAACUGGGCAAAAGAACACAGACACUGGACAGAAGAGACUGGUGUUUCGCGGGUAAUAUUUAAUGAAGCUGCCAGUUGAGGACUUGUGACGUGUCUGUUUCUCAAACUAGACAUUCUAAUGUACUUGUCCUCUUGCUCUGUUGUGCACCGGGGGCCUCCCUCUCCUCUUUCUAUUCUGGUUAGAGACUGUUUGCACUGUUCUGUGAAGGGAGUAGUACACAGCGUUGUACGAGAUCUUCAGGUUCUUGGCAAUUUCUCGCAUGGAAUAGCCUUCAUUUCUCAGAACAAGAAUAGACUGACGAGUUUCAGAAGAAAGGUCUUUGUUUCUGGCAAUUUUGAGCCUGUAAUCGAACCCACAAAUGCUGAUGCUCCAGAUACUCAACUAGUCUAAAGAAGGCCAGAUUUAUUGCUUCUCUAAUCAGGACAACGGUUUUCUAAUGAUCAAUUCGCCUUUUAAAAUGAUAAACUUGGAUUAGCUAACACAAUGUGCCAUUGGAAUACAGGAGUGGUGGUUGCUGAUAAUGGGCCUCUGUACGCCUAUGUAGAUAUUCCAUUAAACAUCAGCCGUUUCCAGCUACAAAAGUCAUUUACAACAUUAACAAUGUCUACACUGUAUUUCUAAUCAAUUUGAUGUUAUUUUAAAAUGGGCUUUUCUUUCAAAAACAAGGACAUUUCUAGGUGACCCCAAACUUUUGAACAGUAGUGUAUGUAUAUAUAAUAAAACAUUAUUAAAGUGCUUUUAUUAUUUAACCUCGAUGCCACAUUUUAUGUACCUAGUUCAGCAAUCUUUGUACAUUAAUUGAUCCACAACAUUCAUUUUAUUUUCCUAUCUUGAUCUUUUGAUUUCCCAUUAUGCAUGGUGAAACAUUGCAAAAUGGCCGCAGCAGGCCUAGUAGGAAGAAUUGCACUUUCUAUAUCUCUUUAUACUAUGCACUGCCCUAUUGAUUCUGAACCCAAUAAUAUAUUACUUGAACCCAUCUGUAAGAAUCUCCUUCAACGUUCACGUUGUGUGUAUGUAAAUAACACAAAAAAGGUAUCAACUUUGAAAAAGACAAAAAAGAAAGUUUGUGGCAAAAAGAGCAUCCAUUCUGGUGCCAUGAUUACUCCAGAAGACGACUUUCCUAAAUUUGUCCCAACCAUCUGUUAUUAACUAACGUGGCUUCGCCAUUCAAGCUUGGAGUGUCAUUACAGAAAUAGACGUUGUGUUCUCUCUGCUCUCUAUCUAUCGCUCGUCUGGAUGCAUAGACUGAAAUUAAUUAAUGAAAUUGUAAACAAAAAAAUGGCUUGUUUAAAGAAUCAUACAAUUACCUCUGGUUAGUUGUAAGCGUAAAUUGUUUUUUUUUCUGAAUGAAAGGAGUGCUUUUUAUUUUCUUACUUAGGUUACAUUGGUGGCGAAAUAAGUCUGUAUGAAAAUCAGUUAUUUGCUGACACAAGUUCCAUUUGUUAUAAAUGAAUUCUAUUAAACAAUGUCUGUGUUAUGCA